AGGUCUGUAGAUUCUGUAAGUGUACGUGUUACGGUGUUCUGUACUCCGCUGUUGUUUGAUGGUUUUGUUCGUCGUCGUAGUUUCUCAUUGUAGUUCGUAAUGUAAUAACAAUAAAGUGAUGGUGAUUCUUCUUGAUUGUAAAUUAUUCUUGAUUAAAUAGAUUUUUUCAUUUUUGUUUCAUAGUGGUUGGAAGGCAUUGAGACAGUAGUGCGGAGUACUUCCCUUUCUAUGUAGCUAGAUUGUAAAUAUCAAGUGAAAAAUUUCAGCACUGGCUUCGCGAAUAGUUCAAAGCUGCCUGUCGCACUUUUUAUAUGGCAGUAUGUUGUUUUGAUAAUAGAACCUAUAUCUUGUAUGUUUAAAAUUUAAUGUUAGGUUCUUGUUUUAAUUCUAUUGUUUUAGCAUAGUUGUGUGAUUCGUUUAUCAUUGAAGUUAUUGUGUUUAGUAUAUUAGUUGUUCUUGGUGAAGUGUUGUGAUAACUACUUCUGUGUUGUGAAAGUUAUGAUGAUUCGAGUCGACUUCCAUGUUGGCUAUUUUCUACAGGGAAACGAGGGAGCGCGGAUCCGUGUUCUUAUUACAUCAUAAUGGGGUGUCUAAGUGAGCGGCAGUCUCGUAUCGCUGCCAACGAUGUUGCGACCGGAGUCCCCGCUUGCUGACCAUCGCAGCCUCCUGCCGCGCCGGCUGCUGCCCGUCAAGGCUCAAAUAGCGCCCGUCGAUAAGAAGAAAAACCGCAGAUCUCUCGAACUAAAUCCCCCGUCCAACGAACAUGCUGGCUAUGACUACCCGAAACUGCUCAUAUCGAAAACCACUGAUUCACUCAAUACAGAGUGCCCUCGAAAACACAUCAAUAAACAAGACUCGUCUGAUAGUCUCAAAAGGGCGCUACUAGCCAAAGAAGAAAAGAAAGCAGCAAAGGAAUCUGAGAAAAAGGUCGCGAAACAGGAUUCAAGUGAGAGUGUUAAGAAAGCGCUGCUUUGUCGGCAAGAUUCGAAUGAUAGUCAGAAGAGGUUAGAGAAUGAAUCGAAAAGACAAAGGCAAGAUGAGAAGCGAAGCGCGGAUGUGAAGCGAGGUAAUGAUAAGAAGGGCUUACUGGAGACUGAUAUAGACGAUACUAAUUAUAAGAGGAUAUACGAAAGGCGGACUGGAUGUGUUAAGCCCAGUUUGCCUCCUGUUGCCGAGAAAGGUCUGUCGCCAAAAUCUCCUAACGGCAGUCCGAUAACGCCAGGGGUCACUGCCGCCGCCGAGGGCGUCGUUCGAUGGGGCAGCGGCUUGCUCUCACCCCGUGAGGAGCCGAAAUUGCGUCCAGCUAGAAGUUGGUACGGCUAUGGAACACUACCGACGGACAACGAAAAGAUGGGCGCGGGUGCGAAUGGGCCUGGAGGGCGUCGCGCUCUGGAGAUCAUCCUGAGCGGAGGUCUCAAGUCGCUGGCCAGAAACAACAAGCCGGUGAGGCGGGCUGCCUCCAGGGACUCGGUGCUGUCUCAACCGCAACCUCUGCUCGAAGGUUUAAGAAAGUGCUCAACUGUGCUAGCGCUGACUGACCGAGAGAAGGCGCCGGAACCGAUCAGAGCACACAACAGGCUGCGAGCUCCCUCUGUCUGCUCAAGAUGCUCAUCGCUGCUGUCGCUGGCCGGAGCUGGAGGCUCCAGGUACUCACUGGACGGCGCCGGCGGUGUGUUUGUGCCGGCAGCGCCCAUCAACUGCAAGUUGUGUCUGGAUGACGCAACUCCGGACAGUGUCACCGUGAUCUCAGGUUGUGGCUGUAUCUUCUGUACUAAGUGCAUGAAAGCGUACGUGGAGUUUGAAAUAUGCAAUGGGGCGUACGAAGUGUCGUGUCCAGACGCACGAUGCAGCGCAGGCGCGGCGCUGUCCACUGAAGAGAUCUCGAGGCUGGUGUCGGACAGCGUCCUAGAGAAACACAUCAAGUUUAGGAUCAAUCAUGAAGUAGCGAUGGACGCCAUGCGCGCGUUCUGCCCGCGGCCCGGCUGCGACACGGUGGUAGCCGUGCGUGCCGCUAGUCCUGCCCACUGCCCCAACUGCAAGCACGACUUCUGCUCGCAGUGCAACCAGGAGUGGCACGGCGGCGUGUCUUGCGAGGCGGCUGCGGCGUCGUCAUCGCUGGGCGGUGCGGGCUCGCCGCUUCUGCCGGACUCCGAGCUGAUCAAGCUGUGUCCAAUGUGCCGCGUGCCCAUCGAGAAGGACGAGGGCUGCGCGCAGAUGAUGUGCAAGCGAUGCAAGCACGUGUUCUGCUGGUACUGCCUCGCGUCCUUGGAUGAUGACUUCCUGCUGCGCCACUACGACAAGGGCCCCUGCAAGAACAAGCUGGGACAUUCCCGCGCGUCCGUGCUGUGGCAUCGCGCCCAGGUGGUGGGGAUAUUCGCCGGGUUCGGCCUGUUGCUGCUCGUUGCCAGUCCGUUGCUGUUGCUGGCGGCACCCUGCAUCGUCUGCUGUAAGUGCAGGCUGUGCAACCCCAAUACGAAAAAUCUCGAGGAAGUGGAUGAGAUCGAGAGCAUCAGCCCUGGACGAGACGAUGAUGCGGACGAACGGAUCAGAUACCUGACUGACUGACCGCGGCAUUGAACCUCAUUGGUGUGGGCUCGGAGAGAUGUAGUGACUUCAUUGUCUGACUGAUAUUAGACCAAUUUGGACUUAAAUCCGCAUUAGUCGCGACUAGAUUUCAUUCGCAGUGCGAAGCUAUGCUCUAUAUUACGUUUUGCUGUUGUACUUAUCAUUAUAAACACAAGUUUAUAAUUGAAAUUCUUAAGUGGCGUAAGAGGGUGUGCACACUGCGAUUGUAAGCAGUAGUGAUACUUAAAUAUUUUUUGUCCAUUUUGUCAAAAUUGACUUUCAUUUAGAUUAUAACGAGGGGUGUUUGUUAGAAACAGUAAGUGUAAGCGAAGUGUGAUUGUAUUAGUGUAGUGUCAAUAUCAAAACAGAUGUUCUGCCACAGAUGUUGGUACUUCCAAUAUGGCGAAUUAUAUUCAAAUAACUCAGUGGCAAACUACAAAAUAGGGUAUGUCAAAUACACACGAUAAAAAUAUUUACAUUAAAACUGGAUUAUUUUGACCAUAUUUAAGUAUAAAAUUAGAAUAUGUUACUAAUUUACAAACAAGGACUGUCUCAUUCUGUUUUUAGCGUACAAAAUAUUCGAAGGUGUAGGACAGUGGUAGCCAUAAUAUUUAGAAGGUGGCUUCUGCGUUGUGGCAAUUAAGUGCUGGACUUUUGUUUUUUCCAGCUCUUUGAAAUGAACCAACACUUUUUUGGCCAAGUAUAACCGAUGACAAUGUGCUUGACAGGUGUCAUUGAAUGGGCAAAUGUCAAAAAUUGAAUGUUACUGGCGAAGGGCGACAUGCCAAUAUCGCGACUCAACUCGACGAAGAUUUAAAGAGACCCACUACUACACAGUUCUAUGACAUUGCUAUGAAUGUAUAAGGCAUAGACUACUAUGCCCACAUUUGGUUGGUUACGUGUCGGUCUGUUGGGUAUUGUCUCGUACUUUUCAAUGAAAAGUAUAUUUUCGAAUUGACUAUUUCCUAACUCUAUCAUACCUUAUAGUGGGCAGGCUCCUUUAGUGAUCGUCACGCAGUAAUGGCGUCUGUACGACUAUACCACAACAUAUUAGAUUCAUUCUCGCUCAACAUCUUUUCCGGGGCUUAUAACUAUUAUCAAUCAAAAAUAUUUUAUUUCAUGGGUUACAUUACACUUGAAAUAUGUCACUGGAAAUAUUUUUUUCAUACAUCUCAUUGAGUUAGACAUUGACAUUACACUAAAUGUCAAAAAACCCACGGAUGAAUAAAAAAAAUGUUGGUAGCUGUAAUGGUAUCACUAAGCAUCUUGAAGUCACCAAUGAUAAAUUAAUCAAAAGAUAAAAAGUAUGGUCGGAACAAAGUCGGCUGAAGACAUACUGUAUUUCUUGUCUUCUUAUAUUGUAUGCAAGAAAUAAAUAAAGAAGAAUAUUGAAGCAAUGUUUUAAAAACAUGGAGUACAAGUACAGUACAUAAAUGGAAGUUUAUGUUUAUUAGUAUUUUGCCAAGGAUGUAAGACCAUAGGGUCAACUAUAUUUUUAUAAUUGUUGAUAUUUCAAUCAGCUUAAAAAAAUGUUAUAAAUGGAUUAUUUUACUUUUUGAUUAUUUGUGUUGUCAAAGGUAUGUCUUGUCUAAAAGAUCUGUUACAAAGUUAAUUCGAGAAAUAUAUUCAUUCAUAUAUUAUUAUAUUACUAUAACGUAGUCUACAAUCCAAAGAAAUCCAUUCAUUAUUAUUAAUACAUACAUUCAAGCCACAACCUAAGAGUUGAACAACCAUACAAGAUUUUAUCAACGAUACAUCACUCGUGCAGUUGACUCAGUUGUAAAGAGCGCUCCCACGGAACGCGAGAGGUUGCGGUUUCAAGUCCCGCAUCAUCCAUAAAAUUUUGUUUUCAAAUUUUAUUUGUGUAAAUACAAUUCAUCCCGAAAUUAAUUGUUUUGCAAGAUGUGGGGAAAAUUGUUGAACUAAAAUGAGUACUCAUGGCAAUAUUAUGAGAUAAAAAUUAUCUCUUACUAUUUGUCAAAACAAUCUACUUUUGACAGAUAAUGUCUGUAUGAUAAAUAAAAUUAUGAGAACCAUUUGGUUGAGAAGGACAAAUAUAAUGUCUCUGAGGAAGGAAUUGUUAUAUUCCUAAUGUGGAAAAUGGACUUGGAAAUAUUAACUAACUUCAUUGACUGAAUCUGUAUUUAAAUUAUGGCCAUAAGUAUUUAACACUUAUUUCAUUGUAUAUUAAAAAGAGCGUAUAAAUUUUAAAUUAUCCCACUUGCGGAAAAAUAUUGGCUCUUGAUAUUAGAUAUAUUACUAGACAACAAACGCUACACAAUUAGUAUGCUUCUAAACUUAAGUAAGUACUUUAAGUAAGUCAUUAACUUAAGCGGGAAUUACAUUAGAGCGCUCGGCGCAUCGUUACUCUAACGUAUAAUUCUAGUUUAUAUUAUUGAAUAUAAUGAGCAGAGAAUGUAUUUAUUGUGGGCAACAUUAAUAUUUUACUGUGAACUGGCAUUUAUCUUCAAAUAACAAUUUCAUUAGGUUUAUUCGGACUAAUUUAUUCGAGAAUACAUCAAAAUAUUUGCUGAUUAGAACAUUUAUUUUACUUCUAUAGUAGAAUUUAUAAAUAGUUGUUGUCCACUUUUAAGUGACUUAAAUGUAACUGCAAUGCAGUCGAGAGAUGAUGCAUAUAUUUAUACAUACAAACCUUAUUUUUGUAUUCACCUGUGAUUCACACGGACGGACUGACACUUGGGCCACACCGCUUCUUGUGUUUUCAUUUAAUAUAAUUUAUUGUUAGUGUUAAUAUUUAUGUCUUAAUGUGAAUAAGGAUUUUAUUGUACUUAAUUCUGAGGGUGCAGUGUAGCGACUCAUUUUAAGUUGAAGGUGCUAUUGAAACUCUUAACAUAAACAAUUUAUUCGGAUAUUAAAAAAACAAACUUAAAUCCAUACUUAAGAGACGUUUUAAUUAUUUUCAUGCCAGUUAUUUACAUAAUAUUCACUACACUGUAUCCUCACCGGCUUGUGUUAGCAGGCUAGUUAAAGCAUUUGUAGAAUAAAUCAAAAAAUCCUAGGUUUAGAUUUAAAGCGUUUAAUUGUAGUUUUGCUGUCUAUGAAUUAAUGUGUGAAUAGUGAUGUGGACAGUGUGUCACAGUUGUAAUUAAAUGAAAGUUAUAUUUGUGUCAUUUCUUAUUAAGUGUUUUUUUUUGUAUGUAAAUACGAAGAUUAUUUUUGUUAUAUCUGUAAAUGUAAUUCUUGUUUAUUUGUUAAAAACAUUACUUCUGUCUGUUGCUAAAAAUAAAUAUUUAAUAAAGAAAUUUUGGAUCAUUA